UAAUGUUGUCUUGUGAAAGAAUAUCUGGGAAAUCGAAGUGAGAAGAGUAGUAGUACAGUCAAGUUCACAUAGUGCAUUCAUACUAUUCAUCUAAAUACAAAAUGAAUUUAAAUCUCAACAAAAUAAUAAGUUCCAUACGACUUUGGGAGUUUUUGCCGAAAAUAAUUGGGCGAAGAUAUAUAUUUUUAGUGAUAUUCGUAGUCAACAUUUCUAGUCUUAUCAACGGAAUGAGUUUCGCAUGGUCAUCUCCAACUUUGGUAAAAUUGAAGGAAACCAAUGACAAUCUCUUGGGGAACCCCAUAACACCCGACCAAAGCGAUCUGAUUGGCUCAUUGUUCUACAUCGGAGCUGCUAUUGGGCCUCUUCUGGUUAUUUGGAGCCUGGAAACCCUAGGAAGAAGACCAACUUUGAUUGUCUUGGGGUUACCUUUGACACUCUCUUAUAUUUUGCUGGCUGUAGCCAAAAGCAUCGAAAUAUAUUACUUGUGUCGAGUGGUUCUAGGUAUUAUUGUUGGAGGUAUUGUCUGCGUGGGACCAGUGUAUUCUUCAGAAAUCUUACCAGUAAAUUUAAGAGGAUCUUUGAUGUCCCUUAGUAAUUCUUUCAUACAAGGUGGAUCAUUGUUGGCGUAUGUUAUAGGUCCUUAUAUGCCCAUUGCAAUGUUUAAUUUAACUAUAGCUAUUUUAUCCAUGAUUUUUGUAGUACUUUUUGUAUUGAUUUGUCCAGAAAGCCCUUAUUUCAUUAUGUUAGCCAAAGGAAAGGAGGAAUCAAAAAAUGUAUUAGAAAUUGUACGACAAGAUAAUGUAACAGACGAACUGAAUUCGAUCGAAACUAGUAUUAAAAAUGAAGAGAAACGAUCUUACCUAAGGAUAUUCGAAACCCGUCAUAAUAUUAAGUGUUUUAUUCUAGCUACCACAGUAUUGAUAAUUCAACAGGUCACUGGGAUAAAUAUAGUGAUCGGUUACAGUCAGCUAAUUUUCUUGGAGAGUAAAAUUGAUUUUUCUUCUGAAAAAUGCUCUAUCAUAGUUGGUUGUCUCCAAGUGAUAUCUUCGUUUAUAGCUCCAAUAUUGUCUGACAGGUUUCCUAGGAAAAAAAUGUUGUGCUUUUCUUUAUUUACCAUGUGCCUUUGUAACUUCAUAAUUUGCUCAUAUUUCUUUUUCUUGAAAGAUCUGCAUCUGGUAUCUUGGUUACCACUUUUAACACUGGCCUUCUUCGUUGUUUUAGAUAAUUGUGGUGACGGACCGUUGCCAUGGGUACUACUUGGUGAGCUCUACCCUUCAGAAAUCAGGUCUGUUGGUCCUGCAUUAUCCACAACUAUAUAUUACAUAGCCCAGUUCAUUUUGACAUUUUUGUUCAAUAAGGUCGAACUUAAAUUCAUGUUUUUCGUUUAUGCCUGGUGUUGUCUUUUUGGAACUGCUUUCAUUCAUUAUUUCAUACCUGAAACUAGUGGCAAAACUUUGAAUGACAUCCAGGAAGCCUUGAGAAGGUGAUCUGAGGUUUUCCGGUGGAAAAAAUGAUGCAGAUGAAUGUUAAGUGGAUAAGAUGUGAUCAUUAUGCUGUUGAAUAAUAGGAAUCAAAUUAUUGUAUUCCUAUUUCUAGCUGAAAUUUCUCAAUUGGAACUAAUUGAAUUGACAACACAUUCGUGUUUUAUCUUAUACGAAUCAUAAAUGUAAUUUGUUCUGUCUCACUAUGAGGUUUCAAUCUAUCAAUUGUAUUGUCACGUAUGAACGAAAUUAUAUGGGAAAAUUCAGGAAUGGAAAUGGUAUUCAUCGGUCUUUCAAUUAAGGAAUUGACAAUUCAUUUACUGAUGCAUUUCAGAGUGUGUUUGUUAGAAGUGGUUGACAUAUUGUUCGAUUUUCCCAGUAUCGAAAUAUGGAAUUCUAGGAUUUGGGAAGCAGAGAAGAGAUAAAAUGUAAUAUAAUGUCACUGUGUGGAUCAGAAAUGCAGGCUGGCGAGAUCAAUGAAGUGGACAUUAUCCAAGCAACUGCGUAUUCAGGAAUGGACUUGUCUUUUCUUCUCUCCUCAAUUUCAAUCAGUUCUCCCAAUAAUUUUAACCACUAAAAUCAACAAGAUAAUUAAGAUCAGUAGGAUUGUAAAAAUUAUAAGCCCUCUAUCAUAUAUUAGGUAAGAUUGUGUACCUUUUGACAAUCAAGUAGUUUUGUAUUUCCUUUCAUUUCCUUGAAGAGUCUUUCCUUCAGAACCCAUCAUAAUAUUUAUAUUGCAACAAUAAAUUUUUUAUCUAAUCAAUAUUUCACUCGCCUAUAAAUUACAUAUGCAGUUUUUCCUGAAAUUAUCGUAAUUGAUAGUGUUUUAUUCCAUGAAUCACUAGUUUUUUCAUUCGCUGGAAACACAAUAAUUCAAACUGGUCAGGAAAAUCAAUUCAUUCAACUUCGAACAAGGAUAAUGAACCUUUCAGCUUUCCACAAAUGAAAACCUGAAUUAUCCUAGUUUUUCUUUUAAUUAUCCGAAAUUAUUCAAAACGAUAAGAUAAAAAAAACAAAUUAACGAAAUGGCUGUGUCGAUUCCAAACCAAAUUGCUUGAAACAAUAGAACCUUACAUCAUGGAAAAUGAGAUCGAUAAUAAACGAAUAAAACGUUUUAUGAACCCUAGGACCAAAUCUGCAACUUGGAUAA